UGUACUAAGAAAAAUGGUGGAUCAAUGCGCGUUAUAUUUAUUGUUCAACAAGAAAAAUUGCGGAGUUUCGAAUGAAUGGAGACGUGAAAGCCUAAAGAAUAUCGCCACCACGACUGGAGAAUGCAAAUCAAGUAAUAGCGACAGCGACAUUAGUUUGUAAACUUCACAAAGCUCAUGUCUGAGAGCAUAGAAGCGUCAAAGAAGGAAGCAGCAUUUGCCUUGGCCACACUCAUGGAAAUUCCAUUUCAAUACAGAGCUACCCUCUCCUUGCCAAAUUCAAAACUAUUAUGCAGGAGAGAAUCUGUAUAUGGAAAAAGUGCAGGGCCACUUCCUCCUCCUCCUGAAGUCAUCAAUUAUGACAAUGCAGUUGCAAACCAAAUUUUGGAGAAUGCAAAAGCUGAAAAACAUAGUUCCUCAUCUGAAUCGGUCUGCCCCAUAUGCCUCACAAACCCAAAGGACAUGGCUUUUGCAUGUGGUCAUACAACUCUGGCCUUAUGUGUUUGAAGCUAUUUUCUGAUCGAUCCAUUGUAGUGAUGAAGCUACGAAGCAAGUGAUUGAUGUUUGGUUAGUGACAAGAUUUAUUGUAAUUUUGUUAUUCAUGACAAUAUAACCUUGUUGUAUUUAGUUUCUUUGUAAAAAUAUAUUACCCACGUUCAGUUUCUAUUUUGCUUGUAUUUGUCCCUUCGGAAAAUUUCGAUAGAUUUUCUACACUUAGUUUCUUUGUAAAAAUGUUAUCUAUGAAAUCUAAUGUAAAGCCUAUUUCAUUAUGUAUAUGUAAAGUCUUGGAAUUGAAUAUAUAUGGUGAAUGGUUUUAUUUA